AUGACCAACAUGAAUGCUUUCCGAGGGAUAUAUGCCGCUUCAUUGGCAUUCAAGAAGGAAUUAGUCCAAUUAGCGCCGGGGUAUUUCCUCGGAGAUCUCCACCGUCAUGUUUAUAUGACGGGACAAGACUUAAUACGCGAUGCAGGCACUGCUUAUCAAGAAGGCCUAGCAGGAGAAGAAGAUACGGCUGAAGAUAUUGAGCUCGCUCGCCAGAAGAAACUAUUGAUGCGAUCGUUUGGUGAUCUUAGCAUAACCAAAGAUAUGAUUCAUGGUACCAAAUCAUCGUUUGAAUCACCUUGCCGAAAAUGGCUAUCUUCUGCUCAAAUGUUACAUCCAGCAUUCGGAUACUUUAAAUUUGUUUACUCGCCAUUGAUGCAAGUUGACUACGAGUCUUGUUUCCGGGGUGAAAACGUACUUAGUGAUGUUGCAACGACAAACACAAAGUAUUAUCCAACCGCUUCAUCAUCUUGGUUGUACGCACUACCGGAAGCUUUCACCGGAGAUGAUAGCGAUACUGAAACCAUCGGAGGUACUGAGGAUCAGGUCAUUGAUGAUGAUGAAAAUGAUGAAGAUGACAGGUCAAAUGAAGUCGGCGAAGCUGCUGAUGAUUUCCAUCAGCCAUGUUUCGCAGCUUUGAGCUCUUCUGCAGCGACGAAGCCUUUUGUGAGCAUGGCGUAUAUCCCACCUCACAAAAGAGGCAGUCAUGAUAUCUCACACUCCCGAUCACAAUCCGAUUCGGCUGCUUCUUCCGCAAAAGCUUCUUUGCCGGGCAGAGGCAGCCAGAGAGCACAAUCUGAGGACAGCUUGCGAUGGCAGAGAACUGUGAGCGAGGGAAGAACAACCUCCACUGGCAGUGCUCACCAACCGUGCUCCAGUCCUUACUCCAAUUAUAAGGCGGCCGGGCAAGGCAGCAAGGCAGUUAGAGAUCUAGCUGACAACCUUAACUGCUCCGUAUUUGUCAGCCACCUUCCAGAGGACGUCGAAUACAAGGAACUAUUUGCAGUGAUUACCACCGGGUCAGUUGUAUCCGCUCAUAUCAAUAAACCCAUUCCUGGACGUCCAUUCUGCGCCGCCAAGAUCACCUUCAAAUAUCCCGAAGGAGCUGCUCGAUUCAUUGCACAAGUGAGUAGUCCCAUGGGCAUCCAAAUUCGUGACCAUCAUCUUGCAGCCGUCUACAAUGACUACGGUAUGGUCAAACAUGACCAGGAACACCAAAGUCGAGUAAUCCAUAUCCAUGGACCCUACAAACUCAUGACUGAGAAUUUUUGGAGAAAAUACUUUGGCAAGAUCACAAGAUAUCAACUUGUUCACGUUGGGUAUCUGCCAUUUAACCCCAACAACAAGGUCACGAGGUCGAUGGAAUUUCAUUUCGCCAGAAUUGAGGCUCAAGCUCAGUCGAUCUUGAUCGCUAUCAUCCAUGAUCCUCAGUUUGAGGGUGAGAUGAUUUGCAAAUAUGGGAGAGAUCCUUGUGGAAAAGACUGGGAGACCUUGCCUCCUAGAUUAGGACCUCUUGAUGGGUUGGUAGUGUUGUAA